AUGGAGGAAUGGGUGGAAGUUGCUGACCUAGCCAGAAGGGCGGUGCAUGAUGUGAAUGCGACGGUUCUAUUGAAGAGGUUGGUGGAGAGAGAAGACCUAAUAAUGGGCGCGUUGAGGAGAUUAUUGCUUAUCCAUCCUGCUGAAAAGAGCUCCUUGACGGCGGUAGAUGGUUCAGGUUUGAUGCUUGCGACGGUCUUGAAGAAGGCUGCUGGGGUGGAUGGAGCCGUUUGUGGGUUAUUGCCAUUAAGUCUGAUGCACGGCGACAUGAGCAUAACACGUGUGCUGGUGGAUAUCUGUGCCGGAGCCGCUGCAGAUUUUCGUUGCCUGUUGCGACAGUUCGAAAGUGAGCACGUUGAAGUCACUUGUGGCUGUACGUUGGCUACUAGAGACAUGUUGUUGGGACGCGUGUUGUUAAUUCAGGCGUGUCUCCUUCAAAUGCCGCUUCGGGCUCAGGUCAUGAAAGAGGCCAGUGUGGUGAGAGAGGUUGUCGAGUCCGGAUUCGCCUUGCACGAUUCCGAGGUCAGCUCAGCUUUGCUUGAGACUAUGGUCUACCUUUAUGACAUUGACAAAUGCACAAGACAACAAUCUUUAUGCACACGACUUAGCACUCAGGACCAACUUAUGCAUCAUAUAUCUCAGCUUUGGUACUCUGCGAGGUGCCGGUUAGAUGGCGAAGGCCUACUUAGUACCAAGAUAUUAUGUGUUAGUGCCAAAGCCAUGCCGUAUCUCACCGGGGAUGAAAGAAAGACUAUCUGUCAGGAAUAUAUUUUCAUCCUGGAAACGCUUCCCGACAAAGUUGUGGCAGAUCCGGUUGCUCUCGGCUUGAUAUUUGAUGUUCUUCUCAGCGUUUCUUCCACGGGACAAAGGACUGUAGAACCAAGUUUAGCGCCUGGCUUAGUACCUCACCAGGACCCUGGCUACAAACACGUGUUUGAUUUAUUACCAAGACUUUCAAAUUGUAUUGUUUCUAUCACCAAGCGUUAUCUGACGGACGAUGACAUCAUUAGUGUAUGCAUGAGAGCGCUGGAUGACCUGCUGUACCAGCAUCCCCAGUUUGGAUCCAGACAUAUAAAGCAGCAUCUUGCAAAUAUACAAGAAAUGGAUACUAUGAGCUGUGGCGCAUUUUUAUGCCUUUUGAACACGUGUUCGGAUUGUCAACGUAUUGAUGACUUCGAUGACAAUUGCCAAAUGAUAUUUCUUCAAUAUCAAAACAUUUUCGUUAGGGGUCUACUGACAUCGCUGGACAAUAAUCAAGAUAGAACAUUAACCAAAAGUUUGUCAAGAAUUGUUCGCGAGUGUUUGUGUUCUAUGAUGCGUUCACGAGUAGAUAAUAACGAAGCAGAUAUGCUUAUUACAAACAUUGUAACAGAAGUGUUUAUUUCGCGGAUUAAACAGGAUAAGACAUGGAUUAGAGCUUUCUGUAUGAAUAUCGAAAACAUAGGCCGACUUCGAUGGGACUUGAAUACCGAGAGAGCAGCAGCCAAUGUUAUUCUGGAAUGGAUUCAAGAAAGCGGUAGGCAACAAACGUAUAGCGGAGAAGUUCUUGUCGACUUGUGCACCGGGAUGAGUGCGCUGGCUUGCAUUUUAGUGCAUUUGAUGAGUAAGGUCGGCUAUGAUGAAUUGAAGAUGAUUUUGGAUGUGAUUGAAGGUUUGGCUGCGCCGUGUUUGAAAUCUGACGAAACAGACUUGGUGAUUAAUGCAGUUAAUCUUUUAACGGUGGCGUCCAAAAUUAUUUGCAAGCAAGCCGUUCUCCGUCAAAGUCAAAUUCUGGAGAGCAAUGGUCCGAUAUAUUGUUAUAUUCGGGAUCUGAUGACCAGACACGAUGAUUAUGUCGUUAAAAUGGCUUGUGUAGAUUACCUUUGUAAGUUUAUUGAAUUUGGGCCCAUUGACGCAACUAUAGCGAAUGAGAUUCGAGACAUAGCAAUAUCUUGCGUAAAGGAUGACCAACUACGGCUCAUUGGUAUUGACCUGGCUUGUGGCAUCUUGAGUCAAGAGUGGCGCUUAAAUGAUGGGGACAUCAAUCAAGAAUUCACUAAAGAAUCCACUUCUGCUAAAUUCAUCACCCACCUGGACCUGGACUCACUCGUCGACUCUUCUGACCCAGACGUUCGCUGUGCCUCCGCUCAUUUGAUGUUGGCGAUUGCCACUUCUCUAUCCAGCUCUUUUAAUACUCGAUGGCAAGACGUCAUCUCACCCGCCUAUAUCACUAUCUUCGCUGCCGAAACCGAUGAAGACGUCAUUGACACCUGGCUGGACUCAUUGAUCCGCAUCAUUCAAUAUUCUAAUGGCUCUACCGUGUUGGAUACCUUACGUCAGGACCAGACCUUCCUCUCAAUCCUAAGAGGACAUUCAGACCCACCUGUGGUCCCGCUAGGCUCUUGGACCGAGAAGGGAUGGGAGAAAACCAAGCCACAAAAUCAUUCUUGGCAUGAGGCCAGGGAACAACUGUUCACUAUCCUCCAAUCACACUGA